UGCAUGAGUUAUGAUGUUCAGAGGGACACAACCAGAAGGAGAGAUCGGUGCUAAAACGAAGGAACUGAAGAAACUGAGGAAGAACAAGAGGCACAAAGGGAGGGGAGUGAGGGAGGUGUGUAACAAUUUCCUGUAGUUGCAAACUGCUUCUGUGAACCUUCCUCUCGGAGUCUGUUUCUGUCGCAGUGAAGAGCACAGACGAAGCUGAGCGGAACAGGAUGCAGGCUAUCAAAUGUGUGGUCGUUGGAGAUGGAGCUGUGGGAAAAACAUGUCUUCUCAUCAGCUACACAACCAAUGCCUUCCCCGGGGAGUACAUUCCUACUGUGUUUGACAACUACUCUGCUAAUGUGAUGGUGGACAGUAAGCCUGUCAACCUGGGCCUCUGGGACACAGCUGGACAGGAAGACUACGACAGGCUCCGCCCACUGUCCUACCCACAGACGGAUGUUUUCCUCAUCUGUUUCUCCCUGGUGAGCCCAGCGUCCUACGAGAACGUCAGAGCCAAGGUGAGUUCAGACAUGUUUGCAUCUAAAUAA